GGGACUGGGGAGUCGCCCCCGCCGCCCCCGCCGCCUCCGCCGCCCGUGCCGCCCGUGCCGCCCGUGCCGCCUGCGGCGCGGCUAAGUUAGGGUGUUGCGAACUCGUGGGCUUUUCGCUGGGCAACAGCCUUUCACGUCUUGGCCUCAGGUGCCCCGGCGCCGGUCGGGCUCGGGACUUGGCGAGCUGAGAUCUGGUGAUGUUUCCAGUUUCUGACCACCGUAUCCCAGCACAGAAUGCUGCUCUGUACUACCAGUGCCCACAAGCUUGAGACUGUUUAUGACCAUAAGUUUCUCAAGAUGUCUAUCAAAGAAUCUUGUGGGAAAGAAGAAAAGUCUCAGAAAAAACAGACCACCUCUCCAUCAACUUUUGUUGAAGACAAGAAGGAGGGAGAACUAUCAGCAGGCUCUGCUAGUUCAGCAUACUGUGUUAAACCUGUUUCAACAAAGAAGAGAAAACUGAAACCAGAUGAUACAGACAUUGUAUACUAUAAUACAAACAGAAAACAAGAUCUGAAAAGAUUGACUGUAGAAGUUGACACACCCAGAAAGAGACCAAAAUUCAGUUCUUCAACCCAAGGACCUACUAAACUCCAAGUAACAUCAUACUCAAAUAACAAUCAAAUUACUUCACAGAGUUGUUCAUCAAAUGGAAUGAGAGAUUCUAAACUUAAAGAUAGUAAAUUGACAAAUAUUAGAAGUAAGCUUGGUUAUGAAAUAAAAAAACAUAGCAGCAUUAAAAUUACCAAAGAUAUGAAGUCUAAAGCUGAAGGCCAGACAAAGGAAAAGAAUUGGCCUCAUUCAUGUAUUCAGGAGAAUAUGAAAGAGCUCAAGAAAGCAAAGAACAAUAAACUUAGAGACAAUUCUGAAGAAUUGGAAAAAUGCAAGAAAAAUCAACUUCCUCAGAAUUAUAAUUUCAACAAUAUAACCAAGGAACCAUUUGAAUCUGGAAGGAAGAAGAUCAGCUUCAAAAUUCCCAAAAAAUCCUCUAACACCAUCCAGAAGCUUGUAGAAGAAAAUGUCUUUAGUGUAGAUUCUAGGAAGUCAAAGAUCAAGCAGAAGGAAAAGGAAUGCUUGAAAAGUUCCCAGAUGUCAUUAGAUUUGACCAGGCACAAAGCUGGAAACUUGUUUUCAGAUUCCGCAUGCAAGCAGACUGUUUGUGAGGGGAAAAGAAGAGACCAUCAAGAGCAUCCAGAAAUUAAUGGUUCAGAUUCUAAGGAAAACUGUACCCAGAAUUUUGAAACACCAUGUUCUUCAGUGUCAUCUGAGAAUGUCCAAGAUACAGAUGAAGAGAUGCAGAUAGUAGAAGAGCUCCAUGCUGCACGUGUGGGAAAAAGUGUGCAUUUACCUGUGGUUCCACCUGCUGGAGAGUUAAUGAGUAUGGAAAUUGACUUGGUGGAAGAGGAUGUACCUUCUUCUGCUGCAAAUACUGCCACAGACAAAAAGCUUCUAAUUGUUAUUGACACAAAUAUUCUGAUGAAUCAUCUCAAAUUUGUUAAAAUUUUGAAGACAACAGAAAUACCAGGCUUUGACACACUUGUGUUACUAAUUCCCUGGGUGGUUGUACAAGAGCUAGAUCGUAUGAAGGCAGGAAAACUACUAAAACACGUCCAGCAUAAAGCUAUACCUGCAAUUCAUUUCAUCAAUGACAGCCUCAAAAGUCAAGAUAGAAAGCUGUGGGGUCAGUCAUUACAGCUGGCAUCCCAAAAACUUUAUGGAUUGAGUGAUGAGAACAAUGAUGAUCGAGUAUUAAAAUGCUGUCUUCAGUACCAGGAGUUAUUUCCAUGUUCUCUUGUUAUUCUGUGCACGGAUGAUAGAAAUUUAAGAACUAAAGGCCUGAUAAGUGGUGUGAAGUCACUCAGUAAAGAAGAAUUGGAUUCAGAGAUACUAUCUUUAGCUCUGAACACAAAUAUGUGUCAUCAGCCUUGUAUUUCUAAGCAACAGUUGAAAGCAGAAACAGCACCUGUAGAGGAGACAUCUAAGGAAGAAUCUACAAAUUCUGGACUGGCCAUUCUGCUUGAACGCAUUAUAUGUGAUCUUGAAAAAUCUCUUGGGACAGCUUUAUCUUCAAUAUUAGAAACAGAAAUGAAAAUUGCUUUUGGAGAUCUUUGGAUGGAGGUGCUGUACUUGAAACCACCAUGGACUCUAAUAAAUCUAUUGCAGUGCUUUAAAAAACAUUGGCUGGCUGUAUUUGGAUUAGUUAUGGAAAAUAAGUUGCUUUUAACUAUUGAGAGCCUAUAUGAAAAUCUCUCUAAAGCUAAUAAUACAGUGGAUUUUAAAACAGUAAAAUUCCUGCUCCAGGACUCUAAAAGUUUGUUACAUGCCUUCAGUACAAGGUCAAACUAUGAUGGUAUUCUUCCACAGACCUUUGCUCAAGUAAACAAACUACUUCAAGUACUUGCAGAGGUCAAGACAAAACUGAAGCCAAAUUCUUCAGAAAGCACAGUGAGUAAAAAGCAGGAAGACAGUUCUUUGAUGAAGCUUCAUAACCAAGAUGUCACUGUUCUCUUGGAUUCUCAUCUUCCCCAGUUCACCAGGCAUCAAGAAAUCUGGUCUGUCCUGGAGAAUGUUUGGACUUCAAUAUAUCAGAACAGCACAGAUGUGUUUCAGACACUGGACUCAAGUUCAACUCUGACAACUUCAAAAAUAGCAUCAUUUGAAGAAGCAUUUCUAUAUCUUCAAAAGUUAAUGGCAGCUGUGAAGGAUAUUCUUGAAGGAAUUCAAAGGAUUUUGGCUCCUAAUAGUAAUUUCCAGGAUGUUGAGACUCUCUAUAACUUCCUAAUCAAGUAUGAGGUAAACAAAAAUGUCAAAUUUACUGCCCAGGAACUUUAUGAUUGUGUUUCUCAGACUGAGUAUCGGGAAAAAUUAGCCAUUGGAUGCCGCCAACUGAUUGAGAUGGAGUAUACCAUGCAGCAGUGUAAUGCAUCUGUCUAUAUGGAGGCCAAAAACAGAGGAUGGUGUGAAGACAUGUUCAACAACAGGACCUAAGUUCUUGAGGAAUGAUAUCUAUCAUCAUGAGUAACACAGUAACUUUCAAAAUGGUUGCUUUUUUUAAACCAAACCUAGGAUAAUUACAAAAAAUCUUUCAGAGAUACAAAAAAAAGGUUUUAUUGACCAUCUCAUUGAAUCCGCUGUAGGAUAAACUAGUCCCAGCUCUUCUGGAGUUGACAAUACUUCCUACCUCUAAAGACAAGAGAGCCAUCUUCUUAGUGUUCCUGAGGCAGGAAUCACUGUGACAUGAUGGCAGCCCACAGCCUCAUUAUCUCUCCUAACUCUGACUGAAUGUGGGCAUAUGAGCAGACACUGCCAAGCCCUAAGACUUAAGACAUGACCAUGCUACCACAUUCCAUGAAUGGGCUGCUUUCGUGAACAAACUGUCAUUUAUUUAAAACUGGUGGGGAAACCCACCACCUCCUUUCAGGGAUAUGAAGUAGAAUUUUGAUCUAGCACCUUCUCUGUAGCUGCUUUUGGGGCUUGUGUCAUUUUUCUUUGCAUUUCCAGUGGGGAAGAGCCCCUCUGAGGUUUCCCCUUAAACAAGAAGCAGUAUGGAUUUGGGGGAUUAGAUGGCAGGGGCUGCUGUUUGCCCCUACCUAAAACUCAAGUGUUUAAAUUGACUUAGUUACACAUUAAGUUGGAAAUCCUUGUUUACUGGAGUGUAUUAUGCUUUUGUUAAUAUAUUAGAUUAAAUUAGAUUUGAUAUUCUAUAAUAAAUGUUUAUUUUUAAAUAGCAAUAAAUAACUUAUUUUUAGUAA